CCAUCUCGUAGUGUAAUUAUAAUCGUAAGAUUUUGUAUAGCAAACUGAACCGUGCUAUGAUUAGCACAAUCAUUCAUUCAUUACACAUCACCAGGUUCAUAGCAUACAAAAAUGUCGUAGUUUUGAAAAAUUUAAAUUUCUCCUUAACCUUCUGGAUAUUUAUGACAUGUCGCAAAAUUUUAAGUGAGAUUUAUUGUUUGCGGUGUGGAUGAGACUCGACCGCCCACUUCCCCCGAACUAGCGACAUGCACCCACCUCCACUACCACCACCACCACCACCAGUACGUAAUUAUAUAAAUAUGUAAACCUUUAAUUUUAAUUUUAAUUAUUUUUUCACAUUUCCUAGAUUUCUCUCUAUAUCAAUUGAUACGUAAUUCUAAUCAAUUGUUAAUAAUUAAUCACAACAACAUGUCCUCCUAUUCUGACUUUAAAUUAGCCACUGAAUUACCAGCUUGGAAAAAAUUACAAGCUACAUUCACUAGCCAAGGUAAAAAUUUCAAAGUUAAGGAAGCUUUCGAUAAGGAUCCAAAAAGAUUUGAAAAACUUUCAAAAACUUUUAAAAAUUACGAUGGUUCAGAAAUCUUAUUCGAUUUCUCCAAGAACUUGGUUAAUGAUGAAAUUUUGAGUCAAUUAAUUGAAUUAGCUAAAGAAGCUAAAGUUGAACAUUUAAGAGAUGCCAUGUUUAAUGGUGAUCAUAUUAAUUCUACUGAAGAUAGAGCUGUUUAUCAUGUUGCCUUAAGAAACAGAGCCUUAAAGGAAUAUAAAGUUGAUGGUGUUGAUACUUCAAAGGAAGUUGAUGAUGUUUUGCAACAUAUGAAAGAAUUCUCCGAAGAAAUUAGAUCUGGUAAAUGGACUGGUUAUACUGGUAAAGCAAUUACUGAUGUUGUUAACAUUGGUAUUGGUGGUUCUGAUUUGGGUCCAGUUAUGGUUACUGAAGCUUUAAAAGCUUACUCUCAACCAGGUUUAGAUGUUCAUUUUGUUUCUAAUAUUGAUGGUACUCAUUUAGCUGAAACUCUUAAAGGUUUAAAUCAAGAAACUACUUUAUUCUUAAUUGCUUCUAAAACUUUUACUACUGCUGAAACUACUACUAAUGCUAACUCUGCUAAAAAAUGGUUCUUAGAAGGUGCUAAGGAUCACUCUCAUAUUGCUAAACAUUUUGCAGCUUUAUCUACUAAUGCUACUGAAGUUGCUAAAUUCGGUAUUGAUACUAAGAAUAUGUUUGGUUUUGAAAACUGGGUCGGUGGUAGAUAUUCUGUUUGGUCCGCCAUUGGUUUAUCUGUUGCCAUCUAUAUUGGUUUUGAAAAUUUUGAAGCUUUCUUGAAGGGUGCAGAAGCCUUUGAUGCUCAUUUUACUUCUACUCCAUUAGAAGACAAUAUUCCAGCCUUAGGUGGUUUAUUAAGUGUUUGGUAUAAUAACUUCUUUGGUGCUCAAACUCAUUUAGUUGCACCAUUCGAUCAAUACUUACAUAGAUUCCCAGCUUACUUACAACAAUUAUCUAUGGAAUCUAAUGGUAAAUCAGUUACUAGAGGUAAUGUAUUUACCAAUUAUGAAACUGGUGUUAUCUUAUUUGGUGAACCAGCUACUAAUGCUCAACAUUCUUUCUUCCAAUUAGUUCAUCAAGGUACUAAAUUAAUUCCAGCUGAUUUUAUUUUAGCUGCUCAAUCUCAUAACCCAAUUGAACAAAAUUUACAUCAAAGAAUGUUAGCCUCUAACUUUUUUGCUCAAGCUGAAGCUUUAAUGGUUGGUAAAGAUGAAGAACAAGUUAAAUCUGAAGGUGCCACUGGUAGUUUAGUACCACAUAAAGUUUUCUCUGGUAAUAGACCAACCACUUCAAUCUUGGCUCAAAAGAUAACUCCAGCUACUUUAGGUGCUCUUAUUGCCUACUAUGAACAUUUAACUUUUAUUGAAGGUGCUGUCUGGAAUAUCAAUUCAUUUGAUCAAUGGGGUGUUGAAUUAGGUAAAGUUUUAGCCAAGGUUAUUGGUAAAGAAUUAGAUAAUAAGGAAGAAAUCAAGGCUCAUGAUGCUUCUACUAAUGGUUUAAUCAAUCAAUUUAAAGCUUGGUCUAACUAACUAGUUAGAGACAUACGUGAAAAAUUAUAAUCACUAAUUGUCCUCUAUGUACUUCAUAAUUCUCUUAUAUAUUUACGGUCCAUUUUGUAAUCCGUUCAUAGUGUGUUGUUAAUAAAAGCAGUAUAUUUUAGCUUUGCUUAAUUAAGUGUAGUUUAGCUUUACUGGU